AUGCUAUCACGCGUGCAGGGCUAUUAUCAGACUCCAGAAUUCAAAACCGACACUGUCCUCAACAACCUGGCUUCCUGCAUCAAACAGGCCAGACCCACACAUGCGACUAGCUCUGGGAAGCAGAUCUGUGUAGCACACAGGGAGGAAAAAAGGAUCUUCUGUGAAAAGAACAAUUAUAGACUUUCCACCAACUCCCCAUACUUCACUUUUUAUCUUCAAAGGCCUGUGGGUCAGGUUCGAGUAUUUCUGGACUAUGGCAAUGAGUCUGUGAGCUUCUGUGAUAUUUUCAAUGCUUCCCUCAUAGAUAGCUUCCCUUUUACCUCCUUCCCCUGA